UCUCUCUCUCUCUCUUUCUUUCUUCCUCUCUCUCUCUCUCAAGGCGCUCUUUGUCCCUUAUCGGCUCACGUUCUCACUUUCUCGUCCCAUAGGUUUUCCUCCAAACAAUCCAUAGUCCGAGAAACGCCGAGAAAACUAGAAGAAUUUUGCGUUCUUCUUCGUAGGCAAGAGAAGAAAAGAAGAUAAAGAACCCAAUCUGCUCCUCUCGAAGUAACUUAUCAUGGCGUCGCCAAUUGUCUGCCUCGAUCCUGUUCUGUAAACCACGGAGAAGUACGAGUUGUUUAUGAGGUUGUUCUGUUUCUUUUUCUUUCGGCGGUCAUCCAUUUUUGCGCUUCCUGCAUCCUUGAAACCCUAGAUUGGGGGGCGGCACGGUGCAUUUUGGCAAGGAAACGCUAGGAAAGAGUGCCUUUUAGUCCUUAGCUCUGUUUUUCUCCGGCUUUCGCGUCUUGGCGGAGCCCUAGAUUGAGUUGUUUUCCUGGUUAAGGUGUGUUUUGACUGAGAAGACGGGAUUUGGUUCGAUCUGGUGACCGUCUUGGGCUGUUCUCUUGUUGUCUCAUUUCGGCACGGAAAAAAAGUGAGUAGGGUUUCAUUUCCUGAAAGCUCUGUGGUUCUCAUGCGAUUGAGUGGAAUAUUUUGAUGCCGCCUGAACCAUUGCCUUGGGAUCGGAAGGACUUCCCCAAGGAGAGGAAGCACGAGAGGUCAGAGUCGUCGCUUGGUCCCGUGGCUAGAUGGAGGGACUCCUCUACGAUGUCGUCUUCCUCUCACCACGUGUCCCGAGAAUUCGCUCGCUGGGGAUCCGCAGAUUUCCGGAGACCUGGUCAUGGUAAGCAGGGUGGUUUGCAUCUAUUUACUGACGACAACUGGGUUUAUGGGCAUGCGCCUCGGUCCAGUGACAAGAUGUUUGAAGAUGAGAACUGCCGGCUAUCAGUGUCUCGGGGAGAUGGGAAAUACAGCAGGAGUAAUAGGGAAAACAGAGGCUCUUCUAACCAGAGAGAUUGGAAAGGUCAUUCUUGGGAAAUAGGCAAUGGAUCUCCAAGCACGCUCGGGAGACCACAUGAUGGGAACAAUGAUCAGAGAAUGGAUGACAUACUAACAUGUCAAUCUCAUCCUCAUUCAGAUUCUGCAAACACAUGGGAGAAGGAUCAGCAUGAUAAUAAGCUAAGCGGUGUCAGUGGGUUGGGAACAGGGCAGAGAUGUGAAAGAGAGAACUCACUGGGCUCAAUGGACUGGAAGCCUCUUAAAUGGACUCGUUCUGGAAGCUUAUCUUCUCGGGGUUCUGGUUUUAGUCAUUCAAGUAGCUCAAAGAGCUUGGGAGGUGUGGAGUCCAGUGAGGCAAAAACUGAGUUACUGGUGAAGAAUGCUACCCCUAUUCAGUCUCCAUCAGGGGAUGUUGCUGCCUGUGUGACAUCUGCUGUUCCAUUGGAGGAGACAUCAUCUAGGAAGAAGCCUCGCCUUGGUUGGGGUGAGGGACUGGCAAAAUAUGAGAAAAAGAAGGUUGAAGGACCUGAUGUGACUAUAAACAAGGAUGGAGCUGCGGUUUCAACUCAUAAUACAGAAACACGUUCUCUGUGUUCAAACUCGGCCGAUAAAAGUCCUAGAGUUAUGAGCUUUGCAGAUUGUGCCUCUCCUGCAACUCCUUCCUCUGUUGCCUGCAGUUCCUCACCUGGUGUAGAAGAGAAGUCAUUUGGCAAGGCAGUUAAUGUUGACAAUGAUAUUAGUAACUUAUGCAGUUCACCUAGUCUUGGCUCUCACAACCAGAUUGAGGGAUCCUCUUUUAGUUUAGAGAAGCUAGAUAUCAUCUCAAUUGUUAAUUUGGGUUGUUCACUAACUGAACUUCUUCAAUCUGAUGAUUCUGGUUCUGUGGAUUCUAGUUUUGUUAGAACUACUGCAAUGAGCAAGUUGCUUGUAUGGAAAGGUGACAUUUUGAAGACAUUGGAGGUGACUGAAUCUGAAAUUGAUUCGCUUGAAAAUGAACUCAAGGUGUUGAAAUCACAGUCUGGAGACUUGUGCCCUUGUCCUGCUAUCUCUUGUUCUUUGCUAGUUGAGGGCAAGGUGAAUGCUGGUAAGGAGCAAGACUCUGCCUCUAGUUUGAUCCAGCGACCUGCUCCCUUGGAAAUUGAUUCUUGUAUGGAUGUGGAAGUGGAGAAAGUGCCUGUUUGUAAUGGUGCCUUGCAAUCAACUCUUGUAGAUGCUAAGAAAGAGGAUAUUGACAGCCCUGGAACUGCUACAUCUAAAUUUGUGGAACCUUUAUCUUUGUUGAAUGAUGUGUCCCCACCUGAGAUGGUAAAAAGUGCGGAAUGUUCCACUAGUGUUGAAGCAAUUGAACCUAUGAAUCCUGUUCCUUCCAGCAAGGAAGAGAAUCAUGCAUCUGGUUGUGCUGAUGAUAGUUUGAUUAUGAACAACAAAGAUGAUGCACCUGUUCCUAGUGGUACCAAUUUGUAUGCUGAUAUAUGUGAUAGCAUAUUGGCCUCGAAUAAGGAAGUUGCUAGUAAAGCUUCUGAAGAAUGUAAUAAAUUAUUGCCAAGCAAAAACUGUCAUGUUGAUGUCUUAGGAGCUACUUAUAUCUCUUCUUGGCAGGAUAAUCCGUUUAUCAAAGAAAGAUUUGCAAAAAGGAAACACUUUUUAAGAUUUAAGGAGAGGGUUUUAACUCUUAAGUUUAGAGCCUUUCAGCACCUGUGGAAGGAAGAUGUGCGGCUGACAUCAAUACGAAGGUUCCGUGCAAAAUCUCACAAGAAAUGUGAACUAAGUUUACGUACAGUGAAUGGUGGGUAUCAGAAGUAUCGGUCCUCCAUCCGCUCACGGUUCUCUUCCCCUGCAGGAAAUUUGAGCCUGGUACCUACCAUGGAGGUAGUCAAUUUCACUAGCAAGCUGCUCUCAGAUUCCCAAGUCAAACAUUACAGGGAUGGUCUGAAGAUGCCAGAAUUAAUUUUGGAUGAGAAGGAGAAGGUAUCAUCAAGGUUUAUCUCUAGAAACGGAUUGGUUGAAGAUCCAUGUGCUGUUGAGAAAGAAAGAGCUAUGAUCAAUCCCUGGACUUCAGAAGAGAGAGAAAUUUUCAUGGAUAAGCUAGCCAUUUUUGGUAAGGAUUUUAGAAAAAUUGCAUCUUUUCUUGAUCACAAGACAACAGCAGACUGUGUUGAAUUCUACUACAAGAAUCACAAAUCUGAUUGUUUUGGGAAAACAAAGAAGAAACUUGGUCUGACUGAACAGUGGAGGUCCUCUGCUACUACCUAUUUGGUGCCUUCAGUGAAGAAAUGGAAUCGUGAGAUGAAUGCUGUCUCUCUUGAUCUGUUAGGUGCGGCUUCAGCGAUGGCAGCCCGUGCUGACAAUGUCACUUGCAAUCAGCAGAUAUCUUCUGGUAGGGUCUUUUUUAGAGGGCGCAGUGAGUCUAGGUCAUCACGGCAUGAUGAUAGCUUAAUUGAAAGAUCAGGAAGCUUUGAUAUUCUUGGGAAUGAGAGAGAAACCGUUGCUGCUGAUGUUUUAGCUGGUAUAUGUGGUUCCUUGUCCUCAGAGGCAAUGAGUUCUUGCAUAACGAGCUCUAUCGAUCCUGCUGAGGGCUGUCGGGACUCGAAGUGUCAGAAAAUGGAUUCUGCUAUUAAACGGUCUUCGACAUCUGAUAUUACAGAAAAUGUGGAUGAUGAUACAUGUUCGGAUGAGAGCUGUGGGGAUAUGGAUCCUACCGAUUGGACAGAUGAGGAAAAAUCUAUCUUCAUUCAAGCUGUCUCAUCCUAUGGUAAGGAUUUUGUAAAGAUAUCACGAUGUGUCAGAACAAGAUCCAGGGAUCAGUGCAAGGUUUUCUUCAGUAAAGCUCGGAAAUGCCUUGGACUAGACUCGAUACAAUCUGUGUCUCAAAAUGGAGGGACACCACUGAGUGAUGAUGUCAAUGGAGGUGGGAGUGACAUGGAAGAUGCUUAUAUUAUGGAGACUAGUUCUGCUAUCUGCAAUAAUCAAUUGGGAGCCAAAAUAGACGAGGACUUGCCUUCUUGUGUCCUGAACAUAAAUCAGGAUGAAUCUGAUACUGUGGGGACCAUAAAGUUGCAGACGAAUUUAAACAGCUCUAGUGAAGAUAAACGGGUGGGCUUAUCAUCAGAUCACAAGGAAGCUGAAGCAUGUCAGACAGAAGAUAAGCCUGAUCUAGUCCUGGAGAAUGGCAGCGAUAUCAUGAACGUUACCUCUGCUGAGAUGCUGUCUGCAUCAGCUCAGCCCAGGAAAAUGCGGUUGUUUUUUUUCGCUUGUGCUGGAUCCUCUGCUAUCUCUUUGCGACAGGACAGUUCUCCAGCAGUGGGAAAUAUGUUGUCACAGGUCUCUGCCCCGUCUCAGUGUGAGAGAACACCUAGCCAGGAUGGGCUAUUAUCCAUCUUUGAUCUUCGGGAGUCUAAGCAGGGUAAUACAUCUGUUAACAUUGCAGACCAUCAGCAACACAUUUCAGGGCAUCCACCCGGUGGGUCCUCCCAGGAUCUCAGGGACUAUCCCCUGCAUAUUCCAACCAAGAAAGAAAUGAAUGGAGAUAUUAGUUGUCUACCGCAUUCUAAGUCUCAAAGCAUGUCAAAUUCUGAAGUGGUUCUACCUUCUCCAGAAAUUGUCCAAGAUUUUCUACGUAAAUGUAGUAGCUCAAAACCUAACAGUUCAGCAUCAGAAAAUCCUCUUCUAUCCACAAAAGUAGAAGAACUAACUGAUCAAUCAAGAUCCCAUUCGAGGAGUUUAUCCGAUACAGACAAACCAUGCAGAAAUGGUGAUUUCAAACUUUUUGGUCAGAUACUCACCACUCAUGAUAGUGAUAAAGAGACAAAUCAUCCCAGACACUGUGGCAAGUCCUCAACUACGAAAUUCACUGGUCAUCCGAAUGCAGAUGGUAAUAAUCUGUCUAUGCUUAAGUUUGACUGCAGUAACAUUGGCCUCGAAAAUGUUCCUUUAAGGAGUUAUGGUUAUUGGGACGGGAACAGAAUACCAACUGGGUUUCCGUCUUUGCCAGAUUCAGCUGUUUUGCUUGCCAAGUAUCCUGCUGCAUUUGGCAAUUAUCCUUCCUCUUCCCCUAAAGUGGAGCAGCAGGCACUGCAAGCUGUUGUCAAGAGCAGUGAAUGUAGUUUAAAUGGUCUGUCAGUCUUUCCUCCCCGGGAAGUUAGUGGCAGUAAUGGUGGGAUGAUGGAAUAUCAGAUGUACAGGAACCGGGAUAGUUCUAAAGUUCAGCCAUUUACAGUUGAUAUGAAGCAGCGGCAGGACAUAUUCUCUGAGAUGCAGAGACGAAAUGGAUUUGAAGCAAUGUCGCAGCAGGGUAGAGGGAUUGUAGGAAUGAAUGUGAUGGGAAGAGGAGGGAUUCUAGUGGGGGGACCAUGCACAGGUGUUUCGGAUCCGGUGGCCGCCAUUAAAAUGCACUAUGCCAAAACAGAGCAGUAUGGUGGGCAGAAUGGGGGCAUAGUCAGGGAAGAGGAGUCUUGGAGAGGCAAGGGUGACAUAGGCAGGUAGUAGAAUUCUCAGGAGAGGAUCCCAUCAAUUGGGGCUCCUCAGCCAGGCAAUCUCAUCUUUUCAUUGCCGGGUUCUGUACAAUAGUUUUUGUAUUGUUAAAUGAAAUGAUAGGUGGACGGUUCUGCGGUUCCGUCCUUUUUUUUCUUUUUGGGGUAAAAUAUUUUUAGGUGCUUUGUAAUGUUGCUAGUAGCUUUGUAUUUUCUUGUAUUUUGAUGCCAAUACAGAAAUAAUCUGUCCGAGCUGGGAGUGGACCAAUUAUGGGUUUCCUCCUUUCAAUCAUUCAUCAUGCUGAUGGUAGUCAUCCCGCAAUUUCUUCUUCA